CUGAAAUAGGGGAUUUUGAUGAAUCAGAGGAUCGAGAACACCUAAAAGCAAACCAGUAUUUGCCAAACCAGGAAAGACUUGAAGGAAAGAUUCUGGAGUUCCACAGGAAGCAUGUGGGUCAGACUCCUGACUUUCAAGUGCUUGAAAUUGCUCGGAAACUGGAGAUGUAUGGCAUCAGAUUUCACCUUGCAUCUGACCGAGAGGGCACCAAAAUUAAUCUAGCUGUGUCACACAUGGGUGUGCUUGUCUUCCAGGGGAAUACAAAAAUCAAUACCUUCAACUGGUCGAAGGUCCGUAAACUCAGCUUCAAGAGGAAAAGAUUCCUUAUUAAACUCCACCCAGAGGUCUGUGGCCCAUAUCAAGAUACGCUGGAGUUUCUUUUGGGAAGCAGGGAUGAAUGUAAAAACUUCUGGAAAAUCUGUGUUGAAUAUCACACAUUCUUUAGGCUCUUUGAUCAGCCAAAGCCAAAGGCUAAAGCAGUGUUUUUCACCAGAGGGUCAUCAUUCAGAUACAGUGGACGGACACAGAAGCAACUAGUGGAUUAUAUUAAGGACAGUGGGGUGAAGAAAACCCCAUAUGAAAGGAGGCACAGCAGAGCCAGAGCAUCCACUCGCACUUCGAACACAGAUGUGCCAAAACAGAGUGUCCCAUUUACUGAGGGCUUGAGAACCCCAGGGUCUCCUGCCUCAGCAGCUGCCCCCUUCCACUCAGUUCACUCAUCGGCCACUCCUACUCCUGUCCUGCCCAUCUUUGCAGAAACCAGCCCUUCCUCUUUGGACCCCCAAGCACCAUAUAUAAGGAUUCCAGAAAACACUUCACCACCAGCAGAAGAAACGGGAAGGAAACCGAUGCAGCAGCCUGGAUCUCCCACAUUCUCUUCCUACCCAGGCCUCCCAGUGGACCAUCCUCAGUUCUCUUCCCUCGUGCUGAAGAGUUCUCUGGGCUUGAACCCAGCGUUUCAGGUGAAUCUGAAUGCAGCUGCCCAGGGUUCAUCUCCUCUUCUGAGUCCUGUCCUCAGUGAUGCUGGUGGUCCCAGGGUGGAAGAGGACGACGAAAUGAAACGUAAGCGCUGUCCAGCUGACAAGGCCUUUUUCAUGGCAAAGGAGAUUCUUGCUACAGAACGGACGUAUUUAAAGGACCUGGAAGUUAUUACAGUGUGGUUUCGCAGUGCAGUCAUCAAGGAGAAUGCCAUGCCAGAGGGGCUGAUGACAUUACUCUUCUCUAACAUAGACCCAAUUUAUGAGUUUCAUCGAGGUUUUCUGAAAGAGAUUGAGCAGAGACUAUUGCUCUGGGAAGGAAAAACCAAUGCUCAUGUGAAAGGGGAUUAUCAACGCAUAGGAGAUGUCAUGCUCAGGAAUAUGCGUGCUCUAAAG